GAACGUAAGGAAAUCGCGUCUGUCAAGAACAAACGCAUUUUCUUCACACAUCGACAUGGCAGCCUUUAUACCUAGAGCUUCACGCUCAUUAGCUACUGAUGCAGCGGCAUCGGUAUCAAGAUUCUCAGCAGUAUCGAAAAUUACAAGUCUGACUUGUCAAUCGAGACACUUCUCCCAAAACGUUCGAAAUGCGGCGGUUCCAGGUUCGAGCUAUACACCAAGACCGUCGACCGCAACGAAGUCUCCCACAAGCUAUGCUGCCCCUGCAACCAACCCCAAAGGACCAGAAAAUGCGAUAGAUUCUCAAUCGCCCAUCAAAGAUAUGACUGAGGGACUUGCAGAUCAACCACUGAUUUUGGAUGAGGGAGCUAGACAAGUCGACUGGGCGAGAUCAUUCCACGGAUUGUCGUCGCAGCCAUUUUCCAAAGAAGCUGCAGAUAUUCUACUUGCACCGAUCCCUGCCGACGAUGUGGAGGUCAAGCCAGAUGGUAUUAUAUACUUGCCAGAAAUCAAAUAUCGAAGAAUAUUAAACAGGGCGUUUGGACCUGGUGGAUGGGGUUUGGCACCAAGAGGGGAAACAAUUGUCACGGAGAAGAGUAUUACAAGAGAAUAUGCUCUUGUUGCUCAUGGCCGAUUAGUAUCCGUGGCUCGUGGUGAACAAGACUAUUUCUCACCCGAAGGUAUUCCAACCGCCACCGAAGGAUGCAAAUCGAACGCCUUGAUGCGCUGCUGCAAGGAUCUCGGCGUGGCCAGUGAGCUUUGGGAUCCUAGAUUUAUCAGGAAGUUUAUGAAGCAACAUGCGAAGCAAGUUUGGGGUGAACAUGUCGUAACCAAGAAGAAGAAGCAAUUAUGGAUGAGGAAGGAUGACGAAGUUAGAUACCCAUACAAGGAGUCAAAGUUUGGCGCAUAGAGGCCCGUUAUGAUCAUGCCACGAAUAAACGACUAAAAUGGAGGUGCGAAUGUCGAAACUUUGUAUUAUAGAGGAUGUAUGAUAUUCUAGGUAAAUAUCUACAUCUAAAUUCCGAAAAGCAGAAAGAAGAACAGCAUAAAAAUCUCCUAUGAACCAGGCGGUUGUCUCCAUGUUAUAUCAUCCAUACCCACGCUAUAUGUUGCAUUCGAUUGUUGAUAUUUUCUUGAUUUUUCACUCAGGCGUUUGAUUGAAUUACAUGGCCUCCA